CUCCCUGCGACCCUUAGAAAUAGAUCUGCGGGGCAGAGCGGGUGAACGCACGCACACACUGCGGGGAAAUGAAACGCAGACCCGAUCACCGCACCGCCGGUCCUCUCCUCUCUCUGCGGGUCUCAGGGUCAUGUUGUUAUCGGCUUAUUGGAUCGCAGCUCAGUGAAAGAGAAAGUCCACACGGGAUCUGAACAUACGCACUUUGCAACCGUGGAUGGAAAUCUCCACAUACUUGAUGUCUGAAUAACUUGGAUUUUUUUUUUUUUCUCUCCCUUUCUGACAUAUUUGGGAUUUUUCCUGUAAAACACGGAAAUAUGAUGAUUGUAUUUGCCAUCAGCCUGGCCGUGUUGUCUAAUGCAGGUCUGUCGGUGGAGGUGAUUCGUGCCGGCGUGGCCCCUCACUGUGAGAGCCGGGCCUGCAACCCCCGCAUGGGAAACUUAGCUCUGGGUCGCCGCGUCCUGACGCAGACCGUCUGCGGCAACAACGGCACCGAGCUCUACUGCUCCUACUCCGACCCCAACGCCAACCUGGCCUGCGAUGCCGCCAAGUGCGCCAAAUGCAACGCCGGCCUGCCCCUCCUGUCCCACCUGGCCGGGGCCAUGUCGGACUCCUCCUUCCGUCACCCCAACACCUGGUGGCAGUCGGCCGAGGGGGUAGAGUCUGACACGGUGCAGCUGGACCUGGAGGCAGAGUUCUACUUCACACACCUCAUCGUGGUGUUUCGCUCGCCGAGGCCGGCCGCCAUGACCCUGGAGCGGUCGCAGGACUUUGGGAGAUCGUGGAAGAUGUUGCAGUACUACGCAAAAAACUGUAGCGCCGCCUUCGGGAUGGAGGAGGGAAAGGUGGGCGUGGGCCGGGACGGGGCCGUCUGCACCGCCAAAUACUCCGGGGCUUAUCCCUGCAACCGUGGAGAGGUGAUCUACCGCACCCUCCCAAAGUGGGAGUCCCUGGAUCCCUUCGGGGUCGAGGGCCAGCAGCAGCUGAGGGUGACCAACAUCCGGAUCAGACUGCUGAAGCGACAGUCGUGUCCCUGCCAGGCCAAAGACCUCGCCUCCAAGCACAAAGCUCUUCCCACCCACCACUUUGCCAUCUACGACCUGAUCGUGAAGGGAAGCUGCUUCUGCAACGGACACGCCGAGCAGUGUGUUCCUGCACCGGGCUACCAGGCCAUCAGAGACCGCACCAACCAUGUGGUCCAUGGGAAGUGUGUGUGCAGACACAACACUGCAGGUGAUCACUGCGAGCGCUGCACUCCUCUCUUCAACGACCGACCCUGGCAGCCCGCUGACGGACUGACGGGCGCUCCACACGAAUGUCGGAAGUGCAAGUGUAACGGACACGCUCAGAGCUGCCGUUUUGACUGGACGGCGUGGCGUGAGUCCGGCCAGCGCAGCGGAGGCGUUUGUGACUGUCUGCACAACACUGAGGGACGUCAGUGUCAGAAAUGCAAAGCCGGCUUCUACAGAGACCCCCAGAGACCACAGACAGCCCCCGACUCCUGCAAACCAUGCAGCUGUCACCCCCUGGGCUCCAUGCCCUUCCACCUGGCUGACGGCUCACUCUGCGACCCCUCCAACGGAAAUUGCAUCUGCAAACCUGGAGUAGGUGGAAACCACUGCGACAGGUGCAUGGUGGGAUACUGGGGCUUCCACGAGUACGGCUGCCGUCCAUGUGACUGUGCAGGAGACUGUGAUCCGUUUACUGGAGACUGCAUGUUCGGCUCUGACCUGGAACUGUACAACUCAGAGGGAAACUCCAGCGAACCGGUGAGGAUCUUCAGAGCAGACGAACUAUUCUCUGCCCUCCAUUACUCAGAGAAGUGUGAGUGCAAAGAGCAAGCCCUGACCAACAGUAAACUCUUCUGCACUAUGAAUUAUGCAUACGUCCUGAAGGUGAAAGUGCUGUCGGCCCACGAUAAGGGCUCCCACGCCGAGGUGGAAGUCAAAGUUCAGAAGGUGCUCAGUCAGAAGACCAAGGUGAAGAUACAGCGAGGUCGGGUCACUCUUUACCCCGAGUCCUGGACCGCACGGGGCUGCACCUGUCCGAUACUCAACCCAGGGCUGGAGUACAUCGUGGCCGGCCACUCGGACCGUAAGCAGGGCCGCCUCCUGGUCAACAUGAAGAGCUUCGUCAAGCCCUGGAAAGCCAGCUUGGGGCGCAAAGUCCUCACGCUUCUCAAGAAAGACUGCAACUGGUAGGCGGACGGUCAACAAACACCGGAGGACAGACGGACAAAAUGGACAGCAAUGUCUCUGAUUUUCUUGUCCUCCAGAUGUGGAGUGCUGAAUCGCACACAGCUCUGGGAUCAGGUUUUUUGAAAGCUGAACUGAGAUGAUCCAAACCCUCCUUUUAUUCCUCUGCUGUCGUCCAAUGGGAGCUGGUGUCGGACUGCACCGGCUAAAAGCACAAAGGACAUAAUUUUAUUAAGACGUAUCGUGUUUUGGACAUUAGGAUUUCUUCUGCAGCUGUUGCUCAAGAGAUUGAGGAGUUUAGCGCUUUGGCCAAGUGCUUUUUUUAUUCCCUCUGGACGCAUUGACAAAAGAUUAAAAACUGAAUCUCUUCCUCUAUGCAGCACUUUAGCCUAAGAUUGACUGAGGAAUACGGACACACAAAGAGAGGAACACUCAACACACACACACUGACUGACUCCCCUGACAUGGACUGGAUGCAUGCAUCAGUGUGUGUGUGUGUGUGUGUGUG